UCGUAUUGCAGUCCAGGGGUGAUUCCACGGUUCCGCGUGACUCAGAUUUGAUCAGAACCUUAAAAAGAGCUCAAGGGAACGUAGAGUCGGUCUCUGCGACGAUGGAGAUAUCGGAGUAUAUCUCAUCAGCGACCCAACCGUGGAAAUACUAUCCGGAGGACAUCUGAGGAGGCAUCCUCCCAGGCAUUUUGAUCUAUUCAGAACUCUCGUGCCUGGCGUAAACGCCACGAUGGUUCAAACGCUUACUCUCCUUUCCCUAGGAGUACUCAAUUCGCAAUGGACCCCUCCAGGGUCCUGUCUCUCAACGACAACGGCAUGGGGCAACUCUUAUUUUCUUGGAUAUCAUAAAGACGCUGGACACGAUCCGCAAUGCAUACCAAACGUUGCCGCUGCGCCUACGGUGAGCGUUGUAACUACCAACGGACUGACGCCGUCUACCUACACGACCACCAUUGCCCCAUCACCAACGAUAACCGCUAUAGCUCAGCUAAUGCCCAGCGCCGACCAAAACAUAUCCUCGGUAGGAUAUUACUCCCCAGGCAUAUGUCCGUCAGGCUUUAUCUACGCAGCCAGUUUUACCGCGGGAUUGCCGGGGGCGGGCAAGGAAUCAAGAUAUAUUUGCUGCCCCUCAGGAUUUCUAGCAGAAAAAGGUACAUCUACAAGAGUAAGAACGACGAAGGGGGGAAGGAGGACUACCCGGAUAACAACUUACGAGUACCCACUAUGUACUCAAUCUGCCAGAACCAUCACGAACCUCUGGAGUAUGACGCCGGGAUGGCCGUCGGUGCGGCCAUCGUCAUAUAAUGUGUCCCAAACCUCAACAACAAACCGGAACUCGAAAAGCGUUUUCUCUAUAACAGCGUCUGGGAUAGUGGUCGCAUGGAAUCCAACGGACACUCCCGUUGUUGAUUAUAUCCGCAAUAACAACAUUCAGCUACCGCCGUAAGAUUCUGCAGAACACUAUUAAGGAAAACCGUAGCUAAUCUAGAUGCCCGCAGGCUUCCACAACCACCAAGAAAGAAGCUGCCCGCUGGUGCUAUCGUCGGCAUUGCGGUCGGCGCCGUCUUCGUCGCCAUCCUCAUUGCCAUCAUCUCGUAUGUGUGCCGGACACGAUUCACCUACCGGAGACUCUCGAAGCAAGAUGAUUCGAAGGAAAUCUUGACCGGUACGUCAACUACGUAUGUAGGCGCUG